AUGUUGGAAUAUGAAGCGAAAUAUGAAGCGAAAUAUGAAGUAAAAUAUGAAGUAAAAUAUGAAAUAAAAUAUGAAGUGAAAUAUGAAGUAAAAUAUGAAGCAAAAUAUGAAGUGAAAUAUGAAGUAAAAUAUGAAGCAAAAUAUGAAGCACAAUAUGAAGUAAAAUAUGAAGCAAAAUAUGAAGCAAAAUAUGAAGUAAAGCGAAAUAUGAAGCAAAAUACAAAGUGA